CUUCUUCCAACAUAUGUUCAGAGCAUUUUUCAGCACACAUUUCCCUUCUUCUUCUUCUGUCUUUGAAUUUCCAACCACCUCCGCCCAAGAAAAAUGUCUCGGCCGCACCCGCCUGCCGCCGUUCCUUCUGCCGAAGCCGAGAUUCUCGCCGGAGAUACCUCCAUGAAGCCACCGCCGAGACCGAUUGUUAUGGCUGACCUCAACGUUGACCCACCGGAAACCGACGCCUACACUUUUUCUUCUUCUCCUUCCGUUCCUCUUCCGAGGAUAAAUAUUGAUGAGACAAUUCUAGAAAAAAUGAGCUUUACAAGUAAAGACGCUGAGGCAUUUGAUGCAGAGACUUCCCAGUCAAAAAAAGUUGGAAAAUGCCGUUCAAAACUUAUGAAAGUGGAGUAUCCUCCUGAUUGCGGUGGAGCUGAAACAGAUGCUGACCAAAAUGGUCAUGGGGUUGCCACUUCUCGUGAGGAAAAAGUUAGCAGCCUUAAAACUGGAUUGGUACAUGUUGCUCGAAAGAUGCCAAAGAAUAUGCAUGCACAUUUCGUACUUGGCUUGAUGUACCAAAGAAUGGGUCAACCUCAAAAGGCAAUUUUGGCAUAUGAAAAAGCAGCAGAGAUACUACUUCGCUCUGAAGAAGAAAUUGACAGACCAGAGUUACUUUCUGUUGUUCAACUUCACCAUGCACAGUGUAUACUCUUAGAAAGCUUGGAGAAUUGUAGUUCAGACAAAGAACUUGAACCUCAAGAACUUGAUGAAAUUUGUUCCAGGUUGAGGGAGUCUAUGGAGUCAGAUGUUAGACAGGCAUCUGUUUGGAAUACACUUGGUUUAAUACUUCUUAGAACUGGUCGCUUGCAGAGUGCUAUAUCUGUAUUUUCUUCUUUGUUGGAGAUUGCCCCUGACAACUUGGAUGGCCUUGGAAACCUUGGAAUUGCCUAUCUUCAAGGUGGGUAUUUGGAACUUUCAGAGAAGUGUUUGCAAGAUUUGGUUCUGAAGGAUCAGAAUCAUCCUGCAGCUUUAAUCAACUAUGCUGCUUUACUUUUAUGUAAAUAUGGAUCAGUUAUUGCAGGCGCGGGGGCUAAUGCUGAUGCUCAGACUUCUGGGGAUGAAGUUAUAGCAGUUGAUGUUGCCAAGGAAUGUUUAUUAGCAGCUGCAAAAGCUGACCCCAGAGCAGCUCAUAUUUGGACCAAUCUGGCCAAUGCAUAUUAUUUGAUUGGUGAUCAUAGAACUUCUGGAAAAUGCUUGGAGAAGGCUGGAAAACUGGAUCCAAAUUGUUUGGCUACACGGUAUGCUGUUGGUGUUCACCGUAUUAGAGAGGCGGAAAGGUCCCAAAAUCCCAAUGAACAGCUCACUUGGGCAGGAAAUGAGAUGGCCUCAGUGAUAAGGGAAGGAGAUUCCAUCCUCAUUGAGCCCCCAAUAGCAUGGGCAGGUCUUGCUAUGGCGCACAAGGCUCAACACGAGAUUGCAGCAGUAUUUGACAUUGAUCCAACGGAACUGCUAGAAGUUAAAGAACGUGCUAUGUACAGUCUAAAGCAGGCGAUAGGUGAAGAUCCUGAUGAUGCUGUACACUGGCACCAAAUUGGCCUUCAUUGUCUUUGUACGCAGCAGCUUAAAAUGUCUGAGACAUAUCUCAAGGCAGCAGUUGCUCGUUUUAAUGACUGUGCGUACACAUGGUCAAAUCUUGGUAUUUCACUUCAGCUUCUGGAGGAGUCUUCACAAGCUGAAGAAGUGUAUAAACAUGCUCUGUCAUUAGCUACAUCCCGACAGGCACAUGCUAUUUUUUCCAACCUUGGGAACUUCUAUCGGCAGUUAAGAAAAUAUGCAAGUGCAAAAGCAAUGUUUAGCAAGGCUCUCGAACUGCAGCCAGGUUAUGCUCCCGCAUAUAAUAAUCUCGGUCUCGUGUUUGUAGCUGAGGGUCACUUUGAAGAAGCCAAGUUUUGCUUCAAAAAGGCGAUUGAAUCGGAUCCAUUCUUGGAUGCAGCCAAAUCCAACGUGAUUAAAGUGGCUACCAUGUGCAAAAACAGAUACUAGCUUGUGUUCAUGCCUCAUUUUUGAUUCGUUAAGGUGAAACUGAAGUUGUUAGGGCAAUGGAGAUAUUGGGCAACGAAUGGUUAAGUUAUAUUUCCAGAUUCUACCAAUUGUGCAAAUCAAGCAUUGUCCCUGACUUCUGAAGGGUAUGGUUGCUCAUGCCUUGUCUUGCAUCAUUGAGCCAUUGCUGGAUCUAAUGAUAUGCACCAGCAUGAGAUAAUCAUUCAACUUCGAUUCACAAGGGAAGCUGUCGUUUUAACUUCAGCAUCUGCCUGCUGCUAUCAUAAGUUCCUUUUCUGUUGUUGGUCCACUAAUCAGCCCAUUAUCAAGGUUCAUGUUUUGGCUUGCUGCUGCAGCUGUCAAGGAUGUGUGGGAACAAUUGGGAGUCCUUUCAGGAUGUCCCUUGAGAUCAAGAUACGCUUCUUUGAGAUGAGGGUUCAUUUGAUGAGCUGUAGAAUAUUAUAGAAGAGUUAUUUGUGCUAUUUUGGGCUUGAGGGCAAUCAUGACAAACAGGGUAAGAAGAUUCAGCUAAUGUUGAUUAGGGAAGAUUAUUGAUCUGAGAAGAGGGCCAUAUUGUUAGAAAAUCUUCCACAUAUUGGACGAUAAGGCAGUGCCUAGGAGGCAGGUUUGGGUCACAGGAGUGCUGCCGCUGUUGGUGGCUGCAUAUUACCUGUUCAAACCAAGUUCACAGCUCGUGUUAAGUUCAAUGCAGAAUGAAGAGUAAGGAUCUCCAUGUCCCAAGACAUGGAAAAAUUUGGCAUUCAUGUGGUCUAAUUGGUGGCAUAUGCCGGUGCAUCAUCUUAUCCUAUGCUGCAUCUGGGCAGAUAAAAAUGG